CCCUGUGUGAAUGGGAAGCUAGUAUCGACGAAUUACAUCCGAGUGACCCUCGUUAUAAGCGUUACUUGAUGGCCAGAAGGCAACACAUAAUGGAAAGAAUGAUGAGAAAAAUGGUUAAAAGGAGCAAACGAGAUGCUGAACCAAAUGAGGAGGAAGCUAAAGGGGAAGAAAUUGUUGAAAAAGUGCCAAAAAAGAAGAAAAAUAAUAAAAAUAAAUUAAAUAAAAAUAAGGAUAAAAAGAAGGGGAAGAAGAAGAGCAAAAAAGAAAGUGUAAAGAGGGUAUUGAAUGAGGAGAAGAAUCAAACUACGAUUCUUAGAACUUGGCAUAAUUGGGUUGGGCAAUACAAAAAUAGGUUGACGGGGAUUGCAAAAUCAGGUCGGUAA